UGAGAGCAACCAUUCAGUUGUUGGCCUGCCUGUGAGCACAGAGAGAAGAGAUAGGACAGACGACUGCAAAACGUGAAGUCUUCAAGUUGCACACCUCGAGAGAAGAAGAAAAAGAAGAAGAAGAAGAAGAAGAAGAAGAAGAAGAAGAAGAAGAAGAAGAUAACAGCUGAGGAUUCUGAACAAGAGAUACCGAACAAGCUUCACCAAAACCUUUCUCGGAAAGUAUCUCAAGUUUACGACGCUACUACCACCAGCAGCCGGCCGGCCAGUUAUUGAGACCUUUGACCCUUGAGGCUCUGUGUAGAAAGUUAAACUGUCCAUCCGUUGACCUUGUGGAAGAAGUGGUGAAUCAGCGCCAGCUCCGUCCAGAAAGUUAAACUGUCCAUCAGUUGACCGUGUAGAACAAGUCGUGAAUCAGCGCCAGGAUGCCCGUGUCGUGUUGUGCCCCCGUUUGUCUGCCCGCCACAUGCUCCUGUGGCAGGAUCCUCAUCGACCCUGAGGACCAGGCACUGGACAUCUUCAGCAAGUACCAGUCCAGCUUUGCCAGAAGGCUCAAGAAACCGGAAGCUAUGAAUAUGCUAAUGACCGAGUUCAACCUGAACGAGACGGAGGCUCUGAUCAUGUUCCAAGCCUUCGACAAAGACCACAAUGACGUGCUCAGCCUCUGGGAGUUCCGCCAGUUUUACCAAACCAUUGGGGCAAA